AUGGAGGCAGAGGAAUUGAAGACAGCUGCGGAGCAAGAGCCGCUGGAAGGGACAGACCAGAAACCAGAGGAGGAGGAGGAGGAGGAGGAGCAGGAAGAACCUGGAGAAGCGGCUUGCGGCAGCAAAAAGCGGGUAGUGCCGGGUAUUGUGUACCUAGGCCACAUCCCACCGCGAUUCAGGCCCCUGCACGUACGCAACCUUCUCAGUGCCUAUGGUGAGGUUGGACGCGUUUUCUUUCAGGCUGAGGACCAGUUCGUAAGACGCAAGAAGAAGAAGGCAGCGGCGGCUUCAGGAGGAAAAAAGGGAUCCAAGUACAGCAAAGACUAUACUGAGGGCUGGGUGGAGUUCCGAGAUAAGCGCAUAGCCAAGCGCGUGGCAGCCAGUCUACACAACACACCCAUGGGUGCCCGCAGGCGUAGCCCCUUCCGUUAUGACCUAUGGAACCUUAAGUAUUUGCACCGUUUUACGUGGUCCCACCUCAGCGAACAUCUUGCCUUUGAGCGCCAGGUGCGCCGUCAGCGCCUAAGAGCAGAGGUUGCUCAGGCCAAGCGUGAGACUGACUUCUAUCUUCAAAGUGUAGAGCGGGGACAACGCUUCCUUACUGCUGAUGGCGAUCCUGCCCGUCCGGAUGGCUCCUGGACAUUUACCCAGCGUCCUACAGAGCAGGAGCUAAGGGCCCGGAAAGCCGCACGGCCAGGAGGUCGUGAAAGGGCUCGCCUGGCUACUGCCCAGGACCAGGCUCGCUCCAACCGAGGUCUCCUUGCCAGGAUCUUUGGAGCCCCAACAUGUUCAGAGAGCAUGGACAAACCCUCGCUGGCCAGGGACUCUUGAGGGACAGUGAGGCCCCUUCACUUCCUAGCUCUGCCCUACCUCUCUACCUCAUGCUAGAAUGAUAAAUGACUAUCCAGGCAGGCAUUUUUUGCUUGUUUCUCAGACCAGGAGUCUAGUGAAGGUCCAGACAUGGAAGUUUUGUGGCUUCCUCAUCCCUUACCUGACUCUCUCAGUUUCUGGCUGAGGUACCUUAUUUAUACUAGCAUGAUUCUGACUACUGUAGAUGCCUGAUCCUUUGUUGGGGGGAUAGGGGUAAUAUGGGGUUGAAUUUAUGGCUUUGGGCUUGCUAGAUAGGUGCUCUACCAUUUGAGGCACUCCAUCACUUGUUUCAACUUGACUUUGGCUGCCUGCCUCUUUCCUAGUGAGGUUCCCUAAAAACCCAUUUUCUGGUUCCAGGAAUGGCCUUUAUUUUUAAUUAGUGACAAUGGCUAGUUUAGGCAAUUUUGUUCUGCAGGUAAGAGCAGUAGCAACAUCCUUAAUGUUUAGAAAAAAUUAACAGGUACUAGAGUGAAUGGGUUGUGAACUUCCUUCCAAAUGUAUUUAUAGAAAAGAAAAAAAUUACAUAUUUUUGGGGUGGGAGUCAUUGGGUAAGUUUCAUGUUUCAUCUUGCUCCAUUCAUUUACUUUCACUUCAUCUCCUCGUCUCAGAGACCCCAUUCAACCUGGACCCCGGUUUUUUGUUUUUUUUAACCCCCUAUGUAGUUUCCUGGCCUAGUUUAUCAUCUAAUUCAACAUUUAUUCAGCUACUAUUUGAGGAAACAGUUCAAAUCCCCAGUAUGGGCAAAAAAAGC